AUGCCUCGUCUCAGGGCCCCGCUUCGCAGAACCACCUACAUCGGUGCCCUUCUAUUCAACCUCGCCUCUUUCAUCCUACCGGCUCUUUAUGGCACGCUUUCCAAGUUCUGGGUCGCCAACAUUGACGCCUCCCUGGUCGUCACUACCGAUGUCUACACCUACAUUGGCGUCAUUGUCGAGAUUCUCAACGAAGGCCUUCCGCGUGCCGCCUGGGUCAUCAUCGGCGACAAAGCGUCAAGAAGCCUGUCUCAGAGGUUGCAGCUCUCACACACACUGAUUCUGACACAGACCAUCCUCGGUUUUAUUAUGAGUAUCGCUUUCGUCUCCGCAGCGCCAGCAUUCGCUAAAGGCUUCGUUCCUGUCGAAGUUAGGGACGUUAGCCUCGCCUACGUCCGAAUCAGCGGGUUUAGUGCGCUGAGCAGCACCGUCGAGACGGCAGUUGCUUACGCUACAAGGGCCCUCGAUAAGCCCGAUGUGCCACUGAUCAUCAGCUCAGCCAAGUUUGCCAUAAAUAUCAUCCUUGACCUGCUCCUCAUCUCGACUUUUCACGUUGGCAAAAACGAGCCUACCGUGAACCUGCAGGCUGGUAUACAGCUCGCCUGCAACCUGGUUUCGGCGUUCGUCGGCCUGCUUUACUUUGUCUGGCGCAGUUCCCGCAAGAACCGUCACGCAGAGGACGCCGAGUCCCCGUCCACCCGCCCAUCCCUGGCCGCUCUGCUCGUCCUUCUCCGUCCAGGCCUCAUCACCAUGGCUGAAUCUGCCGUGCGCAACACUCUCUAUCUCUGGCUCGUCAUGACCAUCGUCGCCCUCGGCACAACGUACGCCACAGCAUGGGGCGUCUUCAACACCAUCCGCUGGGGUCUCGUUAUGGUCCCCGUCCUUGCCCUCGAGCAAACCUCCCUUACGUUCACAAGCCACGCCUGGGGCAACCUCCGCCGCGCUCUCGGUGUAGAGACCCUCCGCCCGCGCGUCCCGUUCAGCUCCCUCCGCCCCGUACUCCGCCCGGCGGUCUUCUCCCUGUGCGUCGCGCUCGUCAUUGAGGUCCCUUUCUGUAUAUUCCUCACCUUCUAUGCUGCACGCUCUUUCGCCCGCUACCUCAGCGGUUCCGACGAAGUUGCUGAUGUGACGGCUAUGAUGUGGCGUUCCAUAGACUGGUGUUACAUCUUCUACGCCGCUUCGACGCAGCUUGCGACUGUGCUGCUUGCCACGCGCCCGAGAUGGUAUCUAUGGCAGAGCCUUGCGAGCAAUCUGCUGUACGUGCUGCCGUGGGCUAUUGUUUGCCAGGUGGCCGAUUUGAACGAGGAUAGGGCAUGGACGUAUCACUCGCUGGUGUUUGGGGGAUGCCUUGUAUUUUCUUUCGUCGACAUUCUGCUAUUUGACGUGAUGUGGGUGUGGACGCUGAUCAAGGGGCGGAUGCACUUGGAAGUGUUCAGACACCAGAAAUCAGAGGUCGCUCUGAUCGGCGAGGGAGAGCUGAACAGGUGA